AUCUUCUUUCUACUUGUUUCUUCCUCAUGUAUUUGGGCUAACCCCUUAUGAACCUACACAAAUCUCGAAAAUGAAGUAAAUCGGCCAUGAAUGCACUUUUCAUGAAAUCCCUUUAAUGUCUUUCACUUUGUGCCCUCGUAUUCUUUUUUGGGUUUGAAAUGUCGAAUAUCAUAGAUUUAAGUAUCACUUCUUCCUCUCAACUUUUGCAAUUGUUAUCUGUUGUUUCGAUGUCUACAAGCAUCUAAACUCCCCGGAUCUACUCUUGUAGGCAUGCUAUGUGGAUAGUGAAAGGGUGUGUUCGUGCUUAUGUGCCUUCUUUUUAACCCUUUUUCUGGGAUCUAGCUUUUUGUUGGACCAACUGUCUGUUGCUUAUACGCUAUGUUUUAACUACCACUUCCUAUUUCUAGGAUGGUCCGGUUUUGAAUUACGUUUAUACUUGUAAAAUCAUACAAUCUGAGGUCCAUUUAUAUAAAACUAUCGGCUUUCUUAAUUACUACCACUUGAAGAUGUAGUCUGUAACUACAAGAAAAGCCGAUGGGUUCAAGAUUCCCAUCUCAUCAGCUCAGUAAUGGGCUGUAUGUGUCAGGGCGGCCGGAGCAGCCAAAAGAAAGAGCUCCGACCAUGAGCUCUUCAGCCAUGGUUUACACCGGUGGUGACAUCAAGAAAUCCGGUGAGCUAGGAAAGAUGUUUGAUAUCAACACUGACGGCUCAAAAUCAAGAAAAUCCGGCCCAAUAACCGGUCCUUCAAGAACCGGAUCAUUCACAGGAGUCGCAUCACAUUCAGGACCAAUCAUGUCAAACGCCGCCAGGUCUAGCUACUCCACAUCAGGCCCUGUGUCAACCGGCGGCGUUCCUGUAUCUGUCAAAAAGUCAAACUCCGGGCCACUAAAUAAACACGGCGAGCCUAUAAAAAAGUCUUCCGGUCCUCAAUCUGGCGGAGUGACGCCGGUGAACCGCCAAAAUUCAGGCCCUCUGCCGCCGGUCCUCCCUGCUACCGGCCUAAUCACAUCCGGCCCAAUCUCUUCCGGCCCAUUAACUUCAUCCGGAGCUCCCCGGAAAUUUUCUGGCCCUCUGGACUCUAAGGGCUCGAUGAAAGUACACGGCGUUGUUCACAAUCAGGCUGUGACUACUCUUACUAAAGACGAUGAUUACUCAUUCAAGAAGGGUUUCCCGAAGAUAAUAUUAUGGUCCAUGAUUCUGUUGUUCGUGAUGGGAUUCAUUGCUGGUGGGUUUAUUCUUGGAGCUGUUCACAAUGGUAUUCUCCUUGUGAUUGUGGUGGUUCUUUUCAUCAUCGUUGCAGCAUUGUUCACUUGGAAUACUUGUUAUGGUAGACAAUCCAUCAUUGGAUUCAUUGCGCGUUAUCCUGAUGCUGAACUUAGAACUGCAAAAGAUGGUCAAUAUGUCAAGGUUUCAGGGGUGGUGACAUGUGGAAACGUGCCACUUGAAUCAGCCUUCCAGAAGGUUCCAAGAUGCGUGUAUACUUCCACAAGUUUAUAUGAAUACAGAGGAUGGGAUUCAAAAGCAGCCAACCCUACACAUAGGAAGUUUACAUGGGGGCUGAGAUCAUCAGAAAGGCAUGUGGUGGAUUUUUACAUAUCUGAUUUCCAAUCUGGAUUAAGGGCAUUGGUAAAGACUGGAUAUGGAGCAAGGGUGACACCUUAUGUGGAUGAAUCGGUAGUUGUUGAUGUGAAUCCUUUGAAUAAAGAUUUGUCUCCAGAGUUUGUGAGGUGGUUGGGUGAGAGAAACCUUUCGAGUGAUGAUCGUGUGAUGAGAUUGAAAGAAGGGUAUAUCAAGGAAGGGAGCACAGUAAGUGUGAUGGGAGUAGUGCAGAGGAAUGAGAAUGUGCUGAUGAUAGUUCCACCAGGGGAUGCAUUCACAACAGGGUGUCAAUGGGCAAAGUGUAUGCUGCCAGGAAGCUUGGAGGGCAUAGUGUUGAGAUGUGAAGAUGCAUCAAAGGUGGAUGUCAUACCUGUGUAGCUAUGUAGAAGAUGCAUCAAAAGUGGAGUUUGAAGGUUGCACUUUUAAUUUUUAAUUUUUUUUCUUUUUUAUUACUAUGAUUUUCAAGAUAUAUAGUAGGUAGAUACUAGUGGGGUUGUAUGUUAUUGUGAAUAGGUUUUUGAUGGAAGAUGGUGGAUGGGUGGGUUUUCCAAGUUUCUUUGAGUAAAACGAUAUGUUUGAUUCUGUUUUCA